CUGUGAUCAGACCCGCGGACAGUCACAGCCCCUCCUCCUUCAGCACUCUGCUCCGCACUUCGCUGCCUGCCCCCGGCGCUUGUAUCUCCUCAUUUACCUUCGCCCCGCCGAUCUCCACCUGCGCGAUGACCGCCCCUCCUCCUUCGCCCCGGCGCCUGGAGUCCCCCUCGCGGCAGGGAUUCUCGCUGACAAGCGCCAGCGGUGCUCCAUCCCCGGCGAGCCAGCUUCGCCGGUCGGCCGCCAGCUCGCGCCCCCCAAGCGCCGGGCUUGGCUCCUCGGUGUCGGAGCUGCGCCAUGGCGCGGCCCCGUCCAGCGGCGGGGGCGAGCCCGGGUCACCACGCGCCGCGAGCCCGAGCCGGCGCCCUCGCGAUGACCCUGCCCCCUUGACGCCGUCGAAGCGCCUGCGCAGCGCCGCUGCUCCGCCAUCCCCGGCCCCGGGGGCCACCCUGCCGGCGACCAGUAGGGUGGAUCGCGCCGUGGCGGUGCUCAUGAAUGCGGCGAAUUCCCCGGUGUCGUCCACUCGCCGGCGCCAACUGGCCCAACAGGCCUCGGCCCUUGAGGACUCGCUGUAUUCGGACGCGGUGGACCCAUCCGACCAGUCGGCCCCGCCGGUGGUGUUGAUUACCCCGGCCAGCCCGCGCCAGGCGACCGAGCCGGCCAUCCGCCACACCAAUGAUCCGCAAUUCGGCACGGCCAUCCCGCGUACACCCUCGCGCCUGCGAGCCACGCCCACCGUGCGCAAGUCCCUCGAACCCGACGAGCGCCCCGCCCAGGGCACGGCCCCCGACACUCCGGCCUCCCAGCGCGCCCUUCGGCCGCGGCUGGCGCCGGGUCAGGUGGGCGGUCGCUUUGACUCGGCCCACCAGCAGCAAUUCGACCUGAUGAAGUCCAUCACCGAAAGCCCGUCGUCGGCGGCUCGUCGAACCCCGGCCGAGGCGGCGGCCUUUGUGCUGGCCAGCACGGCUCCCGGCCGAUCGGCCCCAUCCACCCCGGCGGACUCGCGUCCCCCGACGGCCACCCCGCAGUCGGCCGGUGCAUCGACCGCCCGGCGCACCCCGGCGCCCCUGCCACAGAGCCCCUCAUCGGUGGGUCCCCGUCGCGGGGGAGCCGGCACCGGAUCGCCGGUCCUGGUGCCAGCGCGGCAUCUCUUCCGCGGGGCGUUGGCCCCGGCCCCGGGCACGGCUGCCAGCCCCGGUGCCUCGGCCGGCAUGACCCGCGGCACCUCCAAUGGCCUGGAAAACACACACGAAGAAGCCGCAGAAGCGGCGGCGGCGACCGAGCAGGAGGAGCAGGAGGAGGACGAUGAGGAGGACUUCCAUGACAUCUCCGAGCCUGGCACUCCGGCUGUGCUUUUCCCUGUGAAUGUCACGCAGGCGCCCUUCCGUGGCCCGGCCUCCUCGCCCAUGUUGACCAAUCGUGCCAUGCAGGAGGCCCUGCGGGCGCAGCGCCAACAGCCAGCCAAUCCCGCAGCCGGCACCCCUCCUCCCUCGGUGCCUGCCUCUGGCCGGACGCUGACCUUCGCCGCUAUGGCCGGCGCCGAGGGCGGCCCAGCCCUGCAUGAGCCGGCCACACAGGAGGCGGAUGGCGCCUCCCUGGCGAGCGAACAGCCGCAGCAGCAGCAACAGCAGCAACAGCAGCAACAGCAGCAGCAGCAGCAGCAGCAGCAGCAGCAGCCGGCCCCCACGGCUGCCUCGCCGAUGGUGGCUGAUGGUCUGCGACCGGUGGCCCUCCGGCCGGCUGGCAAGCUGGUCGCCUGGAUGCUGGGAUCGCGGGGAGGUGCGCCAUCCAGCCCGGCCCCGACCAGCCCGGCCCCCCCCAGCCCGGCCCCGAUCGAGGCAAAGACCCCGCAGCCGCCAGCCGCCGAGUCACUUGAGGUGGCUAGCCCCCGGUCAGCCGCACGCCGGGCCCUGACCCCGGUGCAGCAGCAGCAAGUCCAGCAGCAGGUGAGCCUCAAGCAGGUCAUGCAAGAGGAGCUCCUUUCGCAGUCGCUCCCAUCGCAGCUGCCGGUCCCGACGCCUGAGUCCGGCCGGACGAUCACCGCCGUCGGAGCCAGCCUCCAGCUGGGUCGAGCCCCCGGGUCGCGCUUUUCCCGGCUGCCCACGCGCGUGGUGGCCGCGGCCACCAGGGACGCCGCCGACAGGGCGGCCACCGCCGCCGGCCCUGGUGGCACGUCCGCCACGCGGCCGGGCGCCGUGGCUGCGGCCUCGGCUGCCAGACCGAGCCUCACCGGCAGGCCCGGCGGGGCUGCCCGACCGAGCGCCAGCACUCGGCCGAGUGUCGGCGCCCGGCCGGCGCCGGGGCCCCCGGUGACUCGGUCGGCUACGGCCGCGGCCGCGGCCAGGACCACGCCCCCGGCCAGCCGGCUGUCCCAGCGUCCCGCCCGUGCUGCUACCUCUGCUUCGGCCGGCUCGGUCGCGCCGGGGCCGACAGGCGCCCGUGUGCCUACGGGGGGGGCCACUGCGCCGGCUGGCCGUCGCUCUGCCGUCCCGGCCCCCGCACCGGCCUCUGCGCCACGGAGUCGCGAGGAGGAACUUGCUGCCCGGCGGAAAGCCGCACGCGAGGCCGCCAAUGCCUCCUUGCGGGCCGGGCGGCGGACCUGAACAGGGUGUCCCCUCCGGUCCCCCCGGUGCCCAGGCACCACGCUGGGCAAGAGCGCGUACAAGGGGUAUUGUCGCGCGAGCGUCCUGCUUCACACAUCCCAUGAGUCGCCUUGGGCAUCCCCCCCCCCCCAAAAAAAAAGCAUACACACGCAUCCCAUACAUCCAUGCGCCGACAUCCAUGCAAGCGGACGCCUUCCUUUCGAGCGGAGCCGAGGCCGGAG